AUAGAGUGAGCGGCCGUCUAAGACCCGAACUCCUCGCCUCGUAGUAGUGAGUGCCGUUUGUCUGCGAGUGUUGUAAGCUCUCACGGGUAGUUCUGUGAUCAUUAUGUUUGACUUGAAGGAUACCUAAGGACACUUGCCAAGAUGUCGUCGACGAUGCUGGAGGAGCUGGAGAUGAAGGAGCCUACACCUAGCAUCGCACCCAGCCAGUCCGAGAAUGUCCCGUAUGCUAAAAAAUGGAGAGUUCUGCUCGCGGUCUUGCUCGGCGUCACCAUCGUCGGCAUCUGCCUCCUGGGUUUCUACCUCAGCACCAAAACCCGUACGAAAUACUACGUGCAAGCCGAAAUCCAGGCCGCUGCCAACAAGACGACGACACCCAAACCCGACAUCCGAUGGCGCCACACCACCGACAGCUGCCCGAGCGUCACGAACCGCACAUGCCCGGAAGGUUACAAUCCUGUGCCCCUACUAGUCAUUGGAAUCGAUGGUUUGCACCCCGACUUCGUAAAUCCAGACGUGACCCCUGCCUUAUCCUAUCUGAAAAGAUGCGGGGUCACAGCUGACAGCCUGGUACCUACCUACCCCACAACCACCUUUCCAAAUUUUUAUUCUAUCGGCACGGGUCUUUACCCCGAGAGCCAUGGUAUCAUAGGGAAUAAUAUGUAUGACCCUAAAACUAAGAAGGAAUUCAAAGACACCCGUUAUAAUUCUGACUGGUGGCAUGGGGAUCCGAUAUGGAACACCGUGAAAAAGCAGAAUAAAAUGUCAUCCGUCUAUAACUGGCCUGGGUCCGAUGUCACCAUUAACGGCAUGAAUGCCAACAACUAUUUUCCGUAUCGCAAGAAUGAACCCAUCGACGUACGAACCAGACAGGUCCAAAACUGGUUAACCUCUCCGGCUGAUGAACGGCCAGAUAUUAUCAUGGUGUAUUUUGAGAAGCCCAUGUCCGCCAUCCAAGAAUUCGGUCCCUUCUCUGACGAGGCAAAGUAUUCCCUCAGCUUAGUGGAUAAAGAAAUUGAGAAACUCAUGAUAGCCUUGAAUAACACCAACCUCGUCCAAUGCCUGAACAUCUUGGUGGUUUCUGACCACGGGGCCGCCACUGCCUCCUGUUCCUCUUCCUUCUACCUUGAGAGCUUCUUUCCAAAUAUCACUAAAAAGGCAGAAGUGUUCACGGGUGCUGUGGGAAGACUAAGGGCAGCUUCAGGAGACAAAGCUGUGGAAGAGGAGAUCCUAUCGGUGUCCCAGUGCAAGAACCCUCGAGUACGAGUUCUCCCAAAGUAUCUCCUGCCACGAAGAUACCACUAUGCCAAUAACGACCGAAUAGAAGAAGUUAUUUUGGACACGAAACCAGAUACCCGGAUUGUAGUAGACACUAAGAAUUAUUGUAAGAAAGGUGAACAUGGAUUCAAUAAUUUGGAACCAAGUAUGCAGGCAACUUUCAUUGGUUUUGGACCAGAUCUGAAAGUGAAUUAUACAGCGCGUAGCUUCCGGAAUGUUGAGCUAUACAACCUGAUGAGUCACCUUAUUAAAGUCAAGCCAAGUCCCAAUAAUGGCACACUGGGUAGCUUGGACCACUUACUACGCCACAUGCCGAAGCGAUCUCCUCGUGACACACACAAGAAUCUCCUAGAGGAAGAGAUAUUGCCUCUGAUCAAUAGGAGAAAAGUUCCUGACAAUGCAACGGAAGAAACGUGCAUGUGUAUCUUCGUAGAGCAAGUGGAACCUGAAGUAGAUUAUGUUACUGCAAAUAUCAGCAGUAACAGCACCAACAAUGCUACCGAGACUGAGGAUUAUGAUGACUCUGCAAAUGCUAUGAGUGAAGAGGAGCUGAAAGUCUACUUGUUCCACCAGCAAAAUUACCAUAAUCCAUGGGGCCUUGUAGGAUAUUCCAAUCCAGAUCAUUUACAGGGAAAGAUGAAGAUCCUCCUACACAGUGACUAUGUUAUAGGUCUACAAGAGCAGCUGAAUCUUGGAUUAUGGGUGAGCUUCACAAUCAACAAGACUAUAGUAACAGGGAAUGAAGACCCUGACAAAAAUGAGGACACGGAGGUUAAUCAAGAGAAGACGGAGAGACCUCCACCAUGCUGGCAAGCAGACCAGAGAUUAGAAAGACUUCAAGAAGACCAGUGUGACAAUAUCCUUAACAGUCAGUCUUAUAAGGAUAAGGAAAUAACUCUUAUGCAGUUAUAUCCUGAGGAACUUGAAACUCAGGAACUGCUGGCUGCAGAAGGUUACCUACUAUCUAACAUGGCUCCUAUGAAGGCUGGGUACAUGAAGGGCGCUUAUAAAGCCAUGAUCGGAGCUAUUCAGUGGUGGGCAGCAAAUAAAGGGGGAAUUAAUGUUGUUCUUGGUCCUGUCUUUGAUUAUGACCUUAAUGGGAAAAAGGAUAAUAUGCCGGAUGUUAUGAAAACAGUGAUACCACUGGUCCCAAGUGAUUACUAUUUAGUGAUUACCUCUUGUAAUGGUUCUCCAGUUACAAAGUGUCCAGUAGAGCAGCUGGAUGUAUUACCAUUUGUCUUUCCAAAUUCAGAUGUCCAGGAUAAUUGUUUCAUGAGUGAUAUGGAAUACUUGCACUACCACUUGACAACAGUGAAAGACAUAGAACUACUGACAGGCUUGCGAUUCUUCAGAAAUGUCAAUAUCCGUGAUAGAGUAAUACUCAAAACAGUUCAACCAACUGCUGUGUGGGAUCUGCCUGCUGAAAGAGCUACAACAAGGAAAGUGAACAACAGGAAUGGCAAAUCAGAAAACAUUCCUGUUGAAGAGGUUAAUGCAGAGUAAAGGGUAAUAAGUGCGAAAGCAUUUUGGUUAAUAUGAUAAUGUGUAUUCUCCUUCCAAGAUUGUGCAGAGACAUACCUGAAUGUGUAAACUCUGCAAAUUAUCAAGCUGUGAUAUAAUGUAUCUGAUGUUACAAAUGAAAUAUAAAUUUCUGAUGUGAAAUAAUCAUAGCAGAAGCCCCGAUU